UGCUCGCUGAUGCGCCAGGACAACGAGCUGUUCCGUCAGCUACUGGCGCUGAAUGACUCCAUCGAGGCGUUGAAGAGUGGCGAAGGCUCGCUCUCGCCCUCCUCAUCUCUCUCCUCCCUUCCCGACAUCGAGGAAGACUCCAUCUCCACUCCGUCCUCCGUGGUCAGCCACCAGAGCCAUCUAUCGUCAGACGCCGACAACUGCACGCCGGCGAAGGGAGACUCCGGUUCGGAGCGGUCAUUUUUCGCCGAGAUUCUCCACGUGACCGGCAUCACCAACUGGGUAAACAACAGGUCGAACAAGCAGGACAGCACGACUGCCAAUCAGGUGGCAUCACCUUCGCUCUGCCAGACGGCGCUGCCGUCGCCCCCUAUGCCAGAGAAGCCGGCUCGUCGCAGUGGACAUCGCAAACAAGGGUCUUGCGAUUCCGGCAUAGUCGACCAAGAACUUCGCGGACAAGCUUGAAGCUUGAAGUGAUACCAGACAUUGAAAUGCGCGCGCGCGCGUGUGCAUGUCUGAGUGUGCGUGUGUACACAUAUGUGUGUGUGUGUGCGUGUG